AUGAGUACGAAAACGAAAACGGUGGAAAAGAAUGGAACACUGAAACCUUCCGAGCUAAAGUCUGUGUUCACAAGAGCAAUAACUGCCAAUUCGGAGUGGCCAGACAAGGACGAAUUCUUAGAUGUAAUAUAUUGGGCGCGACAAGCGAUAGGGCUUAUUCUUGGUGUAUUUUGGGGUUUAAUUCCACUAAAAGGAUUCCUAGGUUUAUUACUAUUUGUAAUCGUUAAUGCUGCUGUUAUAUACUUCUACUUUAGUAGUUUUCAAUGUGUGGACGAAGAGGAAUAUGGAGGGGCUUGGGAGUUAACAAAGGAGGGUUUUAUGACCUCGUUUGCCGGGUUUUUGGUUACUUGGAUUAUAAUAUACUCAGGUUUGUAUCAUGAUGGUCUACAAUCAUGAGAUCUACAAUUUCCUUUUUAUAACCAAGAUCAUCUAAACUAUUUGUUUGUGAGUGAAUAAAUUGUUUUCCAAAUGUG